AUGUCUAAAGUUUGGUUGAUUACUGGUUGCUCCUCCGGCAUUGGUGAAUCUGUUGCCGUUGAAGCUUUGAAGAGGGGUGACAAGGUUGUUGCUACAUCAAGAAAUCUGCAAAAGCUGGAGAAGGCUUUUGAGAAGCACGGCAAGAACGACGGAUUGCUGUUAAAGAAGAUUGAUGUUACUGAUGAUUUUGAGGUGAUCAAGAAGGCUGUGGACGAGAUUGUUGGUGAGGUUGGCCAAAUCGACUUUUUGAUCAACAAUGCUGGUUAUGUUGAAGAAAAUCUGCUUGAAUUUGCCUCUACCAAGCAAGCUUAUGAUCAAUUCAAUACCAACGUCUUUGGAUUGCUUAGCGUUACCCGUGCUGCUCUCCCUCACAUGAGAUCCAAGAAGACAGGUGUCAUUGUCAAUGUCAGUUCUGGUGCUGGUUGGGAUGGCUUCCCUAUUACAGGUUUAUAUGCUGCUUCCAAGUUCGCUGUUGAAGGUCUUAGUAUCGCUUUGAGAAAGGAGGUGGAGCAAUUUGGGAUCAAAGUGCUCGUUGCUGAGCCUGGUAUGACAAGAACUGAAUUCUUCCAAGAAAAGAACAUGGUGAAUAUUAUAGAGCAUGAGGCUUACAAGGAAAUGUUGGACGGCUACAAAAACAACACUGCUUUAUACCACGGCCAACAACCUGGUGACCCUAACAAGCUGGCUAAACUGCUCGUGGAUGUGGUCAAACAUGAAAAUGGUGCUGCUAACCGUACAUUCCCAGAUAUCCUUCCUCUUGGUGAGGAUGCUUACCAGAUGGUUAAGGGCAGAGCUGAAAACGGUUUGAAAACUAUCGAAGAAUGGAAAGAUUUUGCCUUUGGUAUUAAAUUUGAUUAA